UAAGCCGUGAUCGGAGAAGAGAAGGGUGUGGUAGCAAAUAGCAAUGAUUAGUCGGUGAAAGAAUACACGUAACGAUUACUGAGAGAGAGCCAAGAAAUCCGGGAUAUUUUGAUUGAGAGAUGAAAGCGAUCCUCAGAAGCCCGAAGCCAUUCGUAGAAUUCGUGGUUCCGAUUAUGCCAUGCCUCUCGCCUCACAUUCCUUAAUUUCAUCUACUUUUCCCCAAAUCUCUAUUUUCGUCUUUCGCUGCUUCAACUCCUCACCACUUCGCCUAAGUUCAUUACUCCCUCACCAGAAGGGAACAGUAUCAUGGUUCAACCAUGCUAACGGUGAAUGCUCCCAGAGCUAUUCUAAAGUGCCAUUCACAUCAAGAUUCAGCACCAUCACUGCACCAAACUUAUAAUUAUUAUAAAACAAAUAAUGUUAAUUUUAUAAUAAAUUGCAAUUCUGCUUUUCCUAAACCACCUUCUGCUACUCCCUGUGGCAAUAUAUUUCAUAGUUCCUCCUUCUCCGGCAAGUGCGAUAAGCACCACAAGAGCCUUCAUCUAUGGCACUGCGGGUUGCACGAUUCCAUCUCAUCGGAGGAUGAAUAUCGAUCCUCGCGCAACAUAGCAAUCAGCUUGUUUAGGCGUUACCGGAACUUCAUUGAUCGUGGUGGAGGUGACAAUCUAAAAGAGUUCAUCACUGCGGGGGUAAAUGCGUAUGCACUUGGAUGCACUGAUGAAGGAUUGAGGAAAGAGCUUACUGAUAUAAAGGACUCUGGCACUGAAAUUGAAGCAAUGUCAAGUUACGGUGGAAGCACCAGCUUGAAAUCUAAGAUCAUCUCAGAGGAGGUUGAUGAGUGCAUUUUUUGGUUAAGCAUUAUAUUCAUCACAAUCUUGUGUACACCACAACCAACUAUUGUUAGAUGGUCAUCGACGCCUCCAGUGUCAGAUGAAGUGAGACUCCAGUGGAAAGGCUUCUGUGCUCUUAUAGCGAAUGCAUAUUAUAUGAAGGGAAUGGCUUGGCUUCCGGUAAAGACUCUUCAACUUGAACAAACAGCUGUGAUGGGUCAAGCUGAGGAACCAUCGGUUGUUGCUAGCCGGAUGAGAUUAGUCUUUAGCACACUUGAGGUAGUGAGUCCACAGUGGCCAAGAGUAUAGAAGCGCCAAAAAAACUCAACUGGUAUCCCAGCAACUUACCCUCCUCAGUUCCCACCACCCACCCUCCCCUCUUCUUCCCAGAAAAGAGUAUAUAGUAAAGAAAAAAAAAAAUUCUCCUGUAGUCCACCUAGGUGGAAUGUGCUUUACUUUGUAUAUUUAAUAGACUAAUAUAUGAUAUAUAAUGCCUUCUAUGUGCUAGCCUCA